GGCCCGAGCGCGGGCAGGGCGCCCGCCGCCGGCGGCCCCCGCUGCUCCCGGGGGCCAUGAGCGCAGGAUGGGCAUCGCCGAGUCCACGCUGGACGAGCUGCCGUCGGACGUGGCGGAGCAGCUGAGCAACGGCGAGCAGCUGCUGGAGCUGAGCGGGCGGCGGCUGCGGCGCCUGCCCGCCUCGGUGUGCGCCCUGCUCGGCCUGCAGAGGCUCUACAUCAGCGGCACGGGCCUGCGCGAGCUGCCCGACGAGAUCGAGGAGCUGCGCGAGCUGCGCAUCCUGGCGCUGGACUUCAACAAGCUGGAGCACGUGCCCGAGGCGCUGUGCCGCCUGCCGCGCCUCAGCCGCCUCUACCUGGGCAGCAACCGGCUGCUGGGGCUGCCCGCCGACUUCGCGCAGCUGCAGAGCCUGCGCUGCCUCUGGCUCGAGGGCAACUACGUGCGGCGCUUCCCGCGCGCGCUGCUCAGCAUGCCGGCGCUCCAGUCCCUGCAGCUGGGCGACAACCGGCUGCGCGGCCUGCCCGCCGAGCUGCCCAGCAUGGUGGGCCUGCGCGGCCUCUGGCUCUACGGCAACCGGCUCGAGGUCUUCCCCAACGUGCUGCUGCGCAUGGGCCGCCUGCGCAUCCUCGACGUGGACCGCAACCAGCUGGGCGGCUUCCCGGACCUGCGGCCGCUGCGCGGGCUGCGCGUCUUCUCCUACGACCACAACCCGGUCACGGGCCCCCCGCGGGUCCUCGACACCGUCUUCCUGGUGGGCGAGGGCGCCGUGGAGCGUAUGGCGGAGCGCGACGAGCCGCCGCCGCCGCCCCGGCCCCCGCGCCCCCGUCCAGCCCCGGCCCCUGCCCGGGCGCCCAGUCCUCCGCCCGCCGUGCGCGCGGAGGGGAGGGAGGACGAGGAGGUGGAGGAGGACGAGGAGGAGGCGCGCGAACUGGACCGGGAGGAGGAAGAGGAGGAGGAGGAGCUGCAGGAGGAGGAGCAGGAGGAGGAGGAGGAGGAGGAGGAGGAGGUUGCUCUCUGUGUAGGGCACAAGCCCCCGGGCCUAGGGAUCUCCAGGAAAGGCGAGCCCACCUGAGCCCCCCAGGCCCUGACUCACUCGACUUUGCUUCUUUCCAGGCCC